UUGUAUUAUAAAGUCGUAGAAUAAUUUUCUCUAGUGGGAGACUGUCUUUUUUUUUCACGUUCUCGAUUGUCGACCCCAUCGUAAUAUUUCGGGUGCGUUCCAACAUUUGACAAAAUAAACAAGGACGAAAUAAUUCUAAGAGCAUUGCGGGCGUUAAGUGAAACGCACCCUUCAUAGGCUAGGAUAAAUUCAGUGAUGCUGAUGAUGAUGAUACAACACCAGUCAUUCACCCAAGAAACUUAAAUAUUAGAAGAAAAUAUAAUAUAGUAGAUUCUGAUGAUGACAGUGAUGAUUAUGAACCUCCCAAUGAUUAUGAGGAUGAAGAGUAUCAUACAUUUAGUGACAUCAAUUAUACAAAUUCAGGUUCUUCUCCUUCGUAUUCACCGAUUAAAACCAAGGGUAAAAAAAGGAAAGACGUAACUCAUGAUAAUACUAAGGAAGAUAUAAAAGAAUUAAAACCCAAUUCUUCUAGUGACUCUCUUAUUAAUAUGAAUGAUAUUAACUUCGAUAAUGUACAUGAACAAAGUGAUACUGAUUACAAAACAGCAGAAGAUGGAGAAGAUAAAGCUCUUCAGGAUGUAGCUGUGACUAUCGCACUUGAUUCAGAUUCUGCUUCUGGACAAUCCGGGCAAAACAGCGAUUCCGAAUUCGCAAAGUCUUUUGCAAGGCGUGAAUUUACAAAUGUUAAAAAUGUGGAUCCGUUAGUAGCACAGAAAAGAGCAAUCACGGUUUGCAAAUUAGAGCAGCUUAAAAAUGAGUCAGCCCAAAUGAAACGAUUUCUUGAUGAUGGAAAUAUGGAAGCAUUGCCUGAUAAAGGGCAGAAAAUACAAGAACGUAUACGCCAGCAAGAAGAAGAAAUCAGGAUAUUGACACGGGAAUUGGAAAAUACCCCUUUGGUGUCACUUCCUAGCAGUCAAGAAACCGAAGUAACAGAACAUUUUCGUUUCAUGAAGGAAUCAUCACGGAUGUUGCAAGAUGAGUCGUAUUCCGAUUCCGCAGAUCCUGAUGAUGAUGAUGAUGAAAGUGAGGAUUCAUAUGGGGGUAUAGACAAUAUACCAAUGAAUCCUAGGUCAUCUCCCGAGUUAAAGGAACUGGGCAAAAAGGCACAAGCCACCAGAGAUAAGGAGCUUGCUUUAACGGUUGAACGAUUACAAGAUUUGCACGGAUCACUCGUAGCUCGUCCGUCAGAAAAUGAGAAAGCAGAAGAUCCAAGGGGAUUGAAGGUAGAAUUAAUGCCACAUCAAAAGCAUGCUCUCGCAUGGCUUCUGUGGAGGGAACAGCAAAAACCAUCCGGUGGCGUUUUAGCGGAUGAUAUGGGCUUGGGCAAAACACUGACUAUGAUAGCUUUGACUAUAAGCACUCUUGCUAUGAAAGAUUCUGAUGAUGAUGAGGAUGAAAGUGAUAGUGAUGAUGAUGGCGAGUGGACUAACAAGAGUAAACCUUUACGUCAUAAGGGUGGUACUCUGGUAGUAUGUCCCGCGUCCUUAUUGUCGCAAUGGGAAAACGAAGUACGGAACAAAUGCAAACGCGGUUUACUGUCUAUUGAGGUGCAUCAUGGCACUAAUCGUCAGAGCCUUCCUAAAAGAUUGGCGAAAAACGAUAUGGUCAUCACAACGUAUAAUAUAUUGUCUCGUGAAUAUAAAAGCAAUUCUACAUUAUUUAAGAUCAACUGGAAGAGAGUUAUACUUGAUGAAGCUCAUAUAGUGAGAAAUCACAAGAGCCAGGCAUCCGAAGCGGUUUGUGAACUGAUGGCAAACAAACGAUGGGCCCUCACCGGCACACCUAUACAAAAUAAGGAGUUAGAUUUAUACUCUAUUCUGAAGUUUCUCAGAUGCUCACCGUUCGAUGAUCUACGCGUUUGGAAACGAUGGGUAGACAAUAAGAAUGCCGCAGGUCAUCAAAGAUUGGCGACGGUCAUGAAGACAUUAAUGUUGCGGAGAACUAAACAAGAACUGAUGGCCAAAGGUGAUUUAGAAAAUUUACCCGACAAGUCUAUCGAGGAGGUGACGGUGGAACUCGACCAUCAGGAACAAUUGGUGUACGAGAAAAUUUUAGUUUACUCCCGUACUUUGUUCGCACAAUUUUUAGCUCAACGUGCGGAAAAAGAGCACAUGUUCGAUUUGUAUGGUGGGAGGUAUAAUAAGCCCGCCUAUCUUGCAAACCCAAACAAGGAAACUCAGUUUACGAAAGCACAAAACAAAUUGCUGGCGAUGCACGCCUCAGUAUCAGUAAAGACACAUGAGAUUUUGGUACUCCUUCUACGACUACGUCAGAUAUGUUGCCAUCCGGCAUUAAUCCAUGCAAUGUUGGAUCAGGAAGAUGUGAAGCAAAGCGGUAUAAUGGAUACAGAAAACGUGGAUGCCGAUUUCUUAUCCAGAGUAAAUAACAUGUCACUCAAUGGAAUCAAUAAUGCGGAUGAGGAAGAUGAAAUCGGUGUUGAUGAAAGAGUAGCCGGAAAUCUACUUACUGCUGAGAACCCAGUGUUCGACGAUGAUCGCAUUAGUUCCAAGAUGACGAUACUGCUUGACAAGGUUAAAGAAAUUUUACAAAAGGAUAACGAUAAACUCAUCAUUGUUUCACAAUGGGCAAAGCUACUGGAUGUCAUAGCAUCACACUUGGUUGUGAUAAAAGGUGCUACGUUCAGCAAGUUCACAGGAAGUGUCGCCAUCAAAGAUCGACAAGGUAUAAUGGAAUCUUUUAACAAACGAAAUUCCGGCCCAAGAAUCCUGUUGCUCUCACUUACGGCUGGCGGAGUGGGAUUAAACCUGGUAGGCGCAAAUCACUUGUUAUUAUUUGACAUUCAUUGGAAUCCGCAGUUAGAGACGCAGGCGCAAGAUAGGAUUUAUCGUUUUGGUCAAACAAAGAAUGUCUACAUCUACAAAUUUGUUUGUGUUAAUACAAUAGAAGAGCGUAUUAAAGCGUUGCAAGAACGAAAACUUGAAAUAGCGCGAAAUGUACUGAGCGGCGAUGGAACCAACGCAGCUACAAAGCUUACGUUGAACGAUCUCAAAUCGUUAUUCGGCUUCUGAUUUAUUUCAUCGUAUGUAAGAAAUAGAAUUAAAACAAUAGGAUACUAGAAUUUGUUUCACUUAAUUAUAACUAUGUAUAAUCCGUUUUAUUUAAGUAUAUAAAGCGUUCUCUAUUUUAAGUACUUUUUUACAAUAGUUUUCAUAGCAAAACGUAUUUUACUAAAGAAACAAAUGUAUCACUAUUCUUUAUAUUAAUUUUACUUAUCCAGACAAUUAAUAUGUGCUUUGACUGUUUUAAUUGUUGACAUAUGUAUAUUGAUAUGUUUUAUUUGCUGUUAUUUCCUAAGUUCUGUCGCGUCAAUGCAUAUUGACAUGAUAUUUUUUGCGACUAAUGCAAAAUAGAAUAAAUUAAGCGACAUUUAUUUAAAAUCACAUUGGAUCAUUAGAGGAUUAAUAGUUUUCCAAGCAUAAUAUGAAUGAGUAUAAAAUGUGUCUUUUCAAAAGUUUAUUUAAGCAGCAAGUUUAAUCAAUAAAUUUAAGAUAUA